CUAGUACUUACUACUUGCUGGGUUGAGUGCGUAUGCGUGACGGUAUAGUACGUACUAGUGACCUCAGCGCUUGGAAGUGACGAUGCUGUGACGGUCACGCCUACCCCGGUCACGAUCAUCCCGAGUCCGGACGCACAACAACGACGUAGAACUGCUGCACUCCGCUCAACAUGCCCGUCCCAUGGGAAGCCCUCAUUCCCUUCGGCCUGGUCACCGCUAUGUUCGGUGCGGCGGGUACGCUGCUGGGCAUUUCUAAACGGGCGCAGAACCAAGGAAAGCCUCCGAGAUAUCACAUAGAUCCGUGGGACGAGACGAUGAUGGAGCGGGACAAGCGGUUGACGGGGCACAUACGAGGGCAGACGUCGACUCCUGCUGCACCUGAAGAGUUCGCAACGAACAGCGAGUGGUACACUGAACAGACGCGGUAAAUGCGAGCCUUGUCUUGUCCCCGUCUUCGACCCUUGCUUUCGUGUACACUCCCAUACUCUGCGAUCCAGCAAACCAGAACAGUCUGUCGUCCACUUUAUCGUCGACUUUUACUCGAUGGGGAACAACACUAAGUGAACGGCCGACUAUCCAUCUCCGCACGCAACCACUCCCAGACCUCCCCUAGUGC